GCAAAGGAUGAUGCUUGUAUCAUCGUCCGCUCUGAAGAGGAUACAGCUGUUUUAUUACUGAACUCCCGCAUAAUGAAAGAUCAUGAUUAUCAAAAGCAACAAGACACGUUAGUAGUUUGGACUGAACCUAAUGGAUUAGAUUUGGCUUUAAGUUUUCAGGAAGCUGAGGGUUGUACAGAAAUAUGGGAGUUUAUAUCGGACAUUAAAGUUCGUAUGGGCAAUUCAAAUUCUAGUGAUGCGCGAUCUAGUCCUCCACCAGAACCGGAAAUACCGAAUAUGACGAUAAAACUACCGGAACCAACCUUGUCUAAUUUAGAAGAAAUUGAAACAAUAAUUAAAGUGUCGAGUCGGUCCAUUUAUGAACGAGAAAAGCUUGCAGCAUUUGUUACGCAGGGUUACAUUGCUAAAUUACUACCUCUACUUGCAACAUGUGAGGAUCUUGAAGAUUUAAAAGACUUACAUAGAUUAUGUAAUAUAAUGAAAGGCAUUAUAAUGCUUCAAGAUAGCGAAAUUUAUGAAUUUAUUUUACGCGACGAUGUUAUUAUGCAAGUUGUUGGAAUGCUAGAAUAUGAUCCCGAAUUCCCUAUUUACAAAGCUAACCAUCGCCAAUAUCUGGCAAAUAAUUCAAAAUUUAAAGAAAUUGUUAAAAUAAAGGACAAGGCGAUCGAAACAAAAAUUCAUGAAACUUUUCGUCUUCAAUAUCUCAAAGAUGUAGUGUUUGCACGUGUAUUCGAUGAUCCGACAAGUUCUAUACUUUCAUCACUUAUUUUCUUUAAUCAUGUUGAUAUUUGCAAACACUUUUCACACGAUGAUGAAUUUUUGGAAGAACUCUUUAAUAUUGUUAAUGAAGAAAAUGGGUCACCAAAACGUAAACGCGAUGUUAUCAUGUUUGUUCAACAACUUUGUUUUAUCGCCAAAAGUAUUCAUGUACAACAUAAAAAAGAAUUGUACAGGUCAUUAGCAAGGCAUGGACUAUUUAAAGUUUUUGAUCAUUCAUUGGUGGAUGAUGAUCCAACCGUCAAGACUGCUGGUGGUGAAAUAUUAGCGUCUCUUUUGGAUACAGAUGCAAGUAUUAUUAGAUCUCAUAUUGUGAAGCAGGCUGAGGACAAAAAGAAAACUUUGGCAGAAACAAUCAUUGAGAGAUUUAUUCAAGAUCCAGAUUUGGGUGUAAAAGCUCAAUACGCUGAAGCUCUUCGGCUUUUACUAGAUAUGAAUGCUGGAUUAUCAGAGAUGGGUUUUAUAGUUCCAGAGUCAUUAUCUCUGCUUCAACCUAAACAUGAUGAUGAUAUCGAUAAUUUUUUAAAUUUAUUCUAUGAAGAACUUAUAUCAAAGAUGGUAAAACCAGUUUCAGACCUUGAAAAAGAAGAUGGUAUGAAAGAAGAUUUUUAUAAUAGAUAUCUAGUACGUAAUAAUCUUUUCGAUCCCAUAAUACGCGUGUUUAUGGAAACGAAGGGACGGGAUAACUUAUUAAAUUCAGCGUUUCUUGAGUUAUUUGAUUUCAUAAGAAAGGACAAUAUUAAAUAUCUUAUUACACAUAUAAUGGAAAGGCAUGGUGAACAAUUGUUAAAAAUUGAUUACGUUGAUACUUUUCAACAACUUCAACUUCGUUAUGAACAAAAUAAAGAAAUCCUUAUUGGAUCAGAUAAAUCACCCGGUGAAUCUAGUCAAAGUCAAAGCAAUAUACGUCAAACAGGUCGCGAAGGUUGGUCAUCUGGAAUAGGUGAUGAAGACGAAGAUGCGUACUUUAACACUUCAGAUGAAGAAGAUAAUAUUAGUAAUACAUCCGGUGAAUGUUCGAAAAUUGUCACAACAAAGCAAGAUGAUGAAUCUAAAGAAGGAUCAAUACAUGAAAAUGAAUCAAAAUCACCAGCCGAUUCAAAAGAAGAGUCAAAAACUAGUAGUGUAGGAACUGUGGGGUUGGUUGAUUAUCCAGAUGAUGAUGAUGAAAAAGUGAAAAAGGACAUUGAUGAAUCAGUAACUUCCGAAGCUUCCGAUAAACAACAAACAUCAACUUCACCACCAUUAUCACCGCGACCAACCUGCUACAAACGAGGCAUCCCUCUCGUCAAAUGGGUCCUCACCCAAGAAAAGUGGAUUAAAGAUUCUGCGAUCGUCUCCGACGUUGAGGCCGAAAAUGAAGAAGGCACGCACAGAAUAAUUUUAUUUUUAUGCAUAAUUGAUGAUGACCUUUCA